AUGCUUGUGCUGAACAUCUUUGUAGCGUUAUUUUGCGCUGUGUUGGCAGAUGCCCAGCGUUCUCAGCCAAAGAGACCUUCGUUCUACAAGGACUCGAAACACAUUGUUGAGCUGAAUCCGUCGAUUUUUUCAGACGUGGUGUACGGCUCGAACUAUACCACGAUUGUCGAGUUCUAUGCUCCUUGGUGUGGGUAUUGCCAGCAGCUCAAGCCUGAGUACGAGAAGGCAGCCAAGCAGGGCCACCAUUUCGCACAGUUUGCCGCUAUGAACUGCGACGAGGAAAAGAACAAGAAGUUUUGCCAGUCGCAGAAGAUCGAGGGCUUCCCGACGCUUUUGACAUACAGACCGCCAAAGACGUUUUUGGAUUCCGCCCCAAGAAGCCAGCAGUAUGCGAUUCAGAAGUACGAGAACGACAGAUCCAGCUCGGGCAUUGUCAACGCGAUGAAGGGUACGAUCAAGUCAUUUUCCAAAAAGCUCUCGCUGCCUAAGCUCCCGAUGUUCUUGUCUACUAUGACUCCAAACUCUCUCCCAAAGGUACUGAUGAUCACCGAUAAGGCUCAAAAUUCUCCAAUGUACAAGGUUCUUGCUACUGAUUUCAGAGGCAGCUUGGAGUUUUUCCACCUCACAGUGAACAGCGACUCUGAAAAAGCUUUGGUAAGAGACUCGAUUCCUGAACUUGUCGAGCCAUUCGAAAUUCCGAGUCUUUUGGUCGUGAACCCAACUGACGGUGUAAUUGCUUAUAAGGGUGAGAUGAAAAAGAGGCCAGUUGCCGAGUUCCUCACCCGGUUUGGUGUCCCUGUAGAAGGUGAAUUUAAAAAAGGUCAGCAGCAGCAAGGUGAAGUGAAGAUUGAAGAUUCGCCACAAUCUAAAACCCUCUCCUCAUUGCUCUCCGGGAAUAAAAAGCAAAGAGAAAAGCCAAGAACGUACCAGUAUCAUCCGUCUUCCUCGCAAGCGAACCAAUUGACGCCAUCAUCUUCAUCUUCACCACAGAACUCAUGCCCUGUGAAAAGAGAUCGAGAGAAAGAACGGGACGACGAAAUGACUGUAUCAACGGAGACAAAGAAACCCAAGAAUGCGACAGUGGAAAACUUGAAGCUCACAUGCCACUUACCACUUUCCGAAAGAUUGAGACCCACUGAUGUGACCCAAUACAUAGGGCAAUCGCAUCUUGUAGGACCACGAGGAAUUCUACGAGGUUACUUGAAGCACGGGAGGAUACCGUCCCUCAUACUAUGGGGACACCCGGGAACAGGAAAAACGACACUUGCCCGGAUAUUGGCCAAGGCGGCGCAUUUAAGGGUCAUUGAGAUGAGUGGCGUUAUGAACGGAGUCGCAGAUUGCAAAAAGGCUUUUGAGGAGGCCAACAACGAAAUGAAGCUUACAAGGAAACCAACUAUCAUAUUUGUUGAUGAGAUCCACAGGUUUAGCAAAAGCCAGCAAGACAUUUUUUUGAGUUACGUAGAGCGUGGAGUGAUCAUAUUGAUCGGCGCCACGACGGAAAACCCCAGCUUCAAUGUUAACAAAGCCUUGCUUUCCCGAUGCAGGGUUUUUGUUUUAGAUAAGUUAGACAACGACGAAAUGAGAGAGCUUGUCGGUCGAGGCCUUGUCGAGGUAAACAAAGUGAGGAAACUAGUGCAUAACAUAAGCGUAUUGAAGCUGAGCAAGGAGGCGAUAGAUUGGAUCGUGGGGGUGGCGGACGGAGAUGGACGGUUAGCGUUGGGCUGCAUUGAGCUCAUCGACUCGAAUUUCGUCAAUGAGGAAAAGGAAGAGUCUGGAACACCCGAUGACGUCAGCCUCGAAGAUGUCAAGAACAUCUUGAAGAAGUCGACGGUAUUAUACGACAGGGUGGGGGAUGCACACUACGAUACCAUUUCGGCUUUCCACAAGUCGAUCAGGGGCUCAAAUCCCGAUGCGGCCAUGUAUUAUUUGGCCAGAAUGUUGAGAGGCGGCGAAGAUCCUUUGUACAUAGCCAGGAGAAUGAUAAGAAUUGCGAGCGAAGACGUUGGCGUUCUAGACGACACGUGUUUACCUUUUGCAAUUGCCGCGUACCAAGCUGUGCAAUUUGUCGGCCUUCCUGAAGCCGACCUGGCCUUGGUGCAUUGUGCAGUCAAACUAGCCCGGGCGCCCAAGAGUGUGGAGAUAUACCGCAGCUGGAACGAAAUGAAGACGUGGAUGGCUGAACCAGGGGUCGAGGGCGCCGAGAUCCCAUUGCACUUGCGAAAUGCGCCUACUAAGUUAAUGAGCGACUUGGGCUACAGCAAGGGCUACAAGUACAACCCGCACUUCAAGAACGGGACGGUUCGGCAGAGCUAUUUCCCGGACGCUCUUGGCGAGCAUGUGUUCUUGAAACACAAACAUCUCGGUGACCUCAUCGACAAGGACGUCUGA